AUGAGAGACACAGAUGCCAUCCAUGAUGAGUCGUACCAAGAGGAACAGUGCGAAGGGCAGCGGCAGAAGAAGAAAGUGAAUCACCAAAGAACAAAAGGAACUGCAAUUGAAACCGUGCUGUGGAACUUGGAGCGUGUGGAUCUGAUGGAGAUUGUGGAGGACCCUGGUGCGGGCGGGCAGUGUCGGGGACUUAGAGGAAAGGAGGGGGAAAUCCUCUAUUCAUUUGCAGUAAGCAUCCCUCCUGGAGAGCCCGUGCUAGGUGUGCUAGCUGAUUAUGCGAACAUUGCAGUGUAG